AUGUUCGGACUCGGGCUCGGCCGCCUCACACGGUGGACAUUCGAGCUCAUCGCUCUGUCCACGAUCAUAGCGGGUGUCAGACGCUCUACUGGCUUUGGCCCACAUACAGCCCUCAUACAUGAUCGGACCAUCCGUUCUUUCCUUGACGGCUACUUCAACUUGGGCGAGACGGUCUUCUCGACGGUAGCUGCUUAUGUCGUCAAUUCGCCUUAUUUCCGGAAACAGAUCGCAUGA